GGGUUGGGUGGAAGACGGUUUGGUUCUGCUCCUCAAAAACCUGUCAAACCAAGUGAUUAUAUCCAGUACCAAGAGGAGCUUAUAGAGAAGAAAAAGAGAGAGAUUGAGGCCAAAACACAACAACAAGCUCAGAAAUCUACUCCAAGUACCCCAGUUCAAGGCAGAGAUGCUGCAGGUGCAUCUUCAUCCUCUUCUUCCUCCUCCUCCUCCUCCUCCUCUUCCUCCUCUUCAAACAAAUUUGCAAAUGAUGGAAGCUUCUUACAACAAUUUCUUAAGUUACAGAAAGAAAAGACAGGCCCUGAAAACUCAUCAACACGUUCCAGUGCAAAUUCAGCACCAGCUCAGAAGAAGCCUGUACUUAUAGGAAAACGGCAUGGGUCCUCUAUGGAAAGCAUGCUAAACCAAAUGAAGUCCUAUUCCCAACCGAAGCAGACUCCUAAAGUGACCAGAAACAGCGUUUUUAAGUCCCCUGAGGAGGAUGACGACGAUGAAGAGGACUAUGAGCAGUGGUUAGAGAUAAAAAUUUCACCCCCAGAGAACUCUGAAACCCGAAAGGUGGUGGAGCAGUUGGCUCGUUUUGUAGCAGAAGGGGGCAAAGAUCUUGAAAAAAUGGCAAUGGAGGAUUACAAAGAUAACCCAGCUUUUGGGUUUCUACAUGAUCAGAACAGCCCGGAGUUCCUGUAUUACAGGAAGAAGCUGGCAGAAUAUAAGCAGGAUUGUCAGAUUCGAGAGAAAGCUGCAUCCUGUAACGCCAAGAAAUCGUCAGUGGACUUUACUGAAGAACCUGAACUAAAGCGAAGGUUUGAGCCAGAGUCUAAAUCUACUGUAGCCCCUACCCCAGAAUCCUCCUCAUCCUCAUCUUCACCACCACAGCAAUCCACACAGCAGACUACUGCAAAAAGGAAAAGAAAAAGUCGGUGGGGUCCCGAAGAGGAAAAGGUUGAUUUACCUCCUGCAACUGUGAUAAAUGAGCCCCCUGAUACAACCCUUCUUUCUGAACAGGAUUUGAAAGGUCUGGGAUAUGAUAAAGGAAAACCAGUUGGGCUGGUGGGAGUGACAGAGCUGUCAGAUGCCCAGAAAAAGCAGCUGAAAGAGCAGCAAGAGAUGCAACAAAUGUAUGACAUGAUAAUGAAACACAAGAAAGCCAUGCAGGAUGUGCAGUAUAUGUGGGAGAAAGCUGUGAAACAGCACCAACAUGAUUAUGAUAGUGAUGAAGAAGUGGACAAUGAGUUUGGGACCUGGGAGCAUCAGUUGAGACGCAUGGAAAUGGAUAAAACAAGAGAAUGGGCAGAACAGCUGACUGAAAUGGGACGAGGAAAACAUUUCAUUGGAGAUUUCUUGCCACCAGAUGAGCUGGAGAAAUUCAUGGAAACCUUCAAAGCACUAAAAGAGGGACGUGAGCCAGACUAUUCAGAAUAUAAGGAAUUCAAACUGACUGUGGAGAACAUAGGUUACCAAAUGCUUAUGAAGAUGGGAUGGAAGGAAGGAGAAGGCUUGGGUAAUGAUGGCCAAGGAAUCAAGAAUCCUGUGAACAAGGGAUCUACAACAGUUGAUGGGGCAGGUUUUGGCAUAGAUCGCCCAGCAGAAUUAGCAAAGACUGAUGAUGAAUAUGAAGCUUUUAGGAAAAGGAUGAUGCUUGCUUACCGUUUUCGACCCAAUCCACUGAAUAACCCAAGACGUCCAUAUUACUGA